CCUCCUCCUCCUCCUCCUCCUCCUCCUCCUCCUUCUCCUUCUCCUUCUCCUUCUCCUUCUUCUUUCUUAACUGCUGCAACCCAGCUCUUGCAAUAAAGAAGUCUGUAAGACAAAUCAACCGGCGAGUCGCGUCGUUCUUCCGCGGGCAGUGGAGCGACAAGUGGUCCCGUGACUCGGAUCACUGGAAGCGCCAGGAAAGGAUUGGCCGAAGUCGUGGCCCUUGCAGGAAGGGGACAAUACAUUGGUGGGCAUCGGCACUGCGUGCGAUCCUCCCCGGAGCGCUCAAGUUUUGGACUGGCAAGAUCUAGAAGGUAAUAUGGGCAAGGUGCAGCCAUAUGUGUGCACUGUUCCCAUCACUCUAUAGGGCAGGGACAUUCUGGAGCAAUUGCAGGUUCAGGUAACCAACGAGCCUUCCACAGCCCAUUCCCCAGGUUGGAAAAUGAUGAAAAGAACGGGCUACUCAGGCGGAGGACUGGGGAGAAAGAAACAAGGCAGGGUGGAGCCCGUCUCCCCAAAGCCCAAUGAGGGAAGACAGGGUCUGGGUUUUUUCAUAGGGGUCACUGAAAGACAACCCUUCCACUUACCUGGCUAACAAAUAAGCCAGUGUGGAUACUGCAGUGGCCCCUCUCCUGAGAAAAAUUGGCUGCCGUCCAUGAUUUGGUCCAACAACGGUUGGAGGCAGGUCACCUCCAACCCUCAGUCUCCCCCUGGAAUACUCCAAUUUUUGUUAUAAAAAAGAAGUCAGGCAAGUAUCGACUGUUGCACGAUCGCAGAGCUGUUAAUCAACAAAUGCAGCCUAUGGGAGCUUUACAGCCAGGGCUCCCUGUUCCAACUAUGAUUCCCAAACAUUGGCCUAUUAUUGUAGUGGAUUUUUUUUUUUUGACAGGCAGAGUUGACAGUGAGAGAGAGAGACAGAGAGAAAGGUCUUCCUUUGCCGUUGGUUCACCCUCCAAUGGCCGCCGCGGCCGGCGCACUGUGGCCUGCGCACCGCGCUGAUCCGAUGGCAGGAGCCAGGUACUUCUCCUGGUCUCCCAUGGGGUGCAGGGCCCAAGCACUUGGGCCAUCCUCCACUGCACUCCUGGGCCACAGCAGAGGGCUGGCCUGGAAGAGGGGCAACCGAGACAGAAUUUGGCUCCCUGACCGGGACUAGAACCCCGUGUGCCGGCGCCACAAGGUGGAGGAUUAGCCUAGUGAGCCGCGGCGCCGGCCUAUAGUGGAUCUUAAGGACUGUUUCUUUAGCAUUCCUUUACAUGAAAAUGAUACCCAAAGAUUUGCAUUUACAGUUCCUUCUAUAAAUCAUGCAGGGCCCAACAAAAGGUAUGAGUGGAAAGUUCUUCCGCAAGGUAUGACUAAUAGCCCCACCUUGUGUCAGCUGUAUGUAUCACAGGCUGUGGAACCCGUCCGCCAAUUAUAUCUUCAAUUAUAUCUUUUACAUUACAUGGAUGAUCUAUAAUUAGCAGCUGCCACCGAGAACCAGUUACAGGCAGCGUUUACUACGCUAAGCGGGUGUCUGCAAUCAGCAGGAUUACAAAUAGCACCUAAAAAGGUUCAAAAGAACACAGUAGUUCAGUAUUUGUGGCUAAAGUUGACACCGACUACGGUGUCUCCCUUGGAUUUUACUAUUGCCACGUCACAGCUUAGGACCUUAAAUGAUUUUCAAAAACUCUGUGGAAAUUUAAAUUGGAUACGGCCCUAUUGUAAAUUAACCACAGAAGAAAUGCUCCCCCUGUUUAAUCUUUUAAAAGGUGAAACACAACUUACUUCACCAAGAGAGCUGACUUCAGAAACAGCUACAGUCUUGCGUAACAUCGAGACCCGUUUAAAAAAUACCCAAAUGCAAAGAUGUAAUCCCUCCAAAUCUGUAGAAAUUUUAGUGUUUAUGAAACAGCUGUAUCCCUUUACUGUAAUUUGGCAAGGAGGUCCAUUAUUGUUUGUGUACCCACAUACACAUUUACCUCGAAUCUUGUACACUCAGGGUCAGGCCGUAGCAAAUUUAAUAUUGACCGCAGUAAAAAAAAAAAAAAAAAAAAAACAACAAAAACCCACAGUUGAAACUUCUGAAAGACUUCCUACACGCUGUAUUACGCCGUUUGGCAAGGAGGCCAUCGAGGCCUGGACAAGAGAAAAUUGGGCUUGGGCUUAUAUUGUUUUAAUGCUACAUAUAACGGUAGAUAAUCACUACCCAAAUCACCCUUUUGUUUCGUUUUGUACCCAUAUUCCAAUUAUUCAAACAAAAAAGGUACGUAAACAGCCUAUAAAAAAAACACCCUCACUAUGUUUACUGAUGGAGCCAAAGGAGGAACUGGGGCUACAGUAAUUGGCAACCAACAAUAUUUUGUUUUGACUGCCUCCCCCUCUCCUCAACAUGCAGAAUUAGCUAUUAUUGCUUUGUUUUUAAAGAAGGAACUGGGCCCGUUAAAUAUACUUUCAGAUAGUGCCUAUGUAGUAAAUGUUGUGAAAUUGCUUGAACAGGCAUGCACUGUCUCCAAAUGUUCCACUGUUUAUCCCUAUUGAAAGCAACUUCAGACUUUGCUUAUACAGCGAAGCCAUCCCAUUUUUACAGACCGUAUUCGAGCUCAUUCAAAUUUGCCUGGACCACUCAGUCAGGGCAAUGCUUUGGCCGAUUACUAUUCGCGCUUUUUGCUUGUUUGUACAAGUGUUAAAUUAGCCAAGCAAUAUCAUUCCAAAUGGCAUGUAAAUAGUACUACCUUAAACAUAAAGUAUAAUAUUUCCCACGGAGAGGCAAAAAAUAUUAUUAAAGCUUGCAAAAAAUGCACAGUCAAUAUAGUUCCCAAAAUACCCGCUGGGGUCAAUCCUCAUGGCCUUAAACCCUGUCAUUUGGCAAAUGGAUGUCACCCACAUUCCUUCUUUUGGCUGUCAGAGUUGCGUCCACGUUACAAUGGAUACGUACUCGGAUGUAGUCAUGGCCACGGCCCUUAACAAAGAAGGUACUAAACAAGUUAUUCAACAUUGUCUACAGUCUUUUGCAGCUUGGGGUGUUCCCCAAAUUAUAAAAACUGACAACAGGCCAGCAUACACUUCGGCCCAAUUUGCCGCCUUCGUAAAAGACUUUGGCAUAACCCACAUUAUGGGCAUACCCUACAACCCUCAAGGUCAAGCUAUUGUAAAACGUACCCACUUGUAUUUAAAAAAUUUUAUUAAUAAACAAAAAGGGGGAAUAGGGGAAUACGCAGUAUCCAAUAAGGAUGCUUUAGCCCUAGCCCUCUAUACUAUAAAUUUUUUAAACAAAAAGAAAAAUGGAAAGACACCUGCGGAAAUGCACGACUCCUCAGGUGCCAAAGACCAACCACAGUGGAUUAUGUGGAAAGAUUUACAGGAUAACAAGUGGAAAGGCCCGUUCCCGUUGUUGCGAAGGGUACGAGGCGCUGUUUGCUUUUUCCCACAGGGAGCAGCACAACCCAUUUGGACCCCGGAAAGAAGAGUUCGACUUCUGCAGGAAAACCGGGACGAUCAACAACCUACGGAAGAAACCGUGGACGAGGCCCACGACUCAGGCACAACAGAGAACAACCAAGGGUUAUAAAAGGACUGUUAUUUGUGCUUUUGUUAGUUUUGUUUCUGGCUUGUGUUAGUGGCUUAUUAGGAGUUUUGAUUGAUUAUUUACUGCUGAUAAUUGCGAUUCAUAACAAUGACACCAAUUGUGUUGCUUAAAAUUUUUUAUAUUGUGCUAUUUAGCAACGUUGUUAUAUGUCAGGAUCAGGGGGUGUAUUGGGGAUUGCUUCGAGCAUUACCCUGGCCUCUACCUGUAAGUAAUAUCUCCAAAUUGUUGCCUGUACUGUUUGUUGAUAAUGAGAGCCUAUCGGUGUUUGGGGUACCUAGCUUGACUAAAUCUUUUCUGAAAGCGGAACCAUUAAAUUUGUCCACGGCCCUCAACGGUUCUCUUUGCUUUCAGAUUUCUCUGGGCUCGAUGAGGUAAGUGGGACCACGCCCUGUCUUGUUCUAACCAAUCAAUCAUUGACUGAACUUCUCCAGCCUAAGGGGCCUAACGGUACCUUUGUGACCUACUCCUCCGGCUCCAUUCCAACCCGUCGAAGUGGGUCUGGGCGCACUCCCCUGACCCGCAUGUUGCCAUCGUGCAGGCCGAGGGUAGAUCCCCUCCAGCCCAAAUUUAUGGUUUGUCAAAGCGGUUAUAACCAUCAUUGGUUGGCAAAUGGAUUUUCUACGACCCAUGAUACGGGCUUUCAGGGCUGGCCCGGGUACAACAAUGAGACCACAUAUUUUUCUUCCCCUCAUUCUAAUGCUACCACAUAUAAACGUCUUUCAUUUGCGGGAAAUAUGUGGGAUCCUUUUGUUAUUUGCAAUAGUGCGGGUGCUUGUACUGAUGCUACAGCAAUGCUGUUUUUGAGUAAUUUUUCCUGGUCCAAUGGCACCUGGGGAUGUGAUAAUGGACGUACCUUCAAGCCCAUGAACCUUACCCACAGUUUUGUAUCCCCAAACUUCACGGCAAAUGUGUGUGUUGACCCCCCCUUUUUGUGGUAUGUUUGUAUUCCCUCCAAUAAUACUUGCUCUUCCGGCUAUAUUACUCAAUGCUGGAAUGGCACUAAUGUGGGCAUAGUUAUGAGAGUUCCCACAUAAAUUCCCGUUCCCGUUGAAGCCAACCCUAAGGAUUUUGCUGUGAUGCUACACUCGCGACGAGAUUUUGAAAUUACGGCAGCCUUGGUAACCGCCGUUACUGCGGCGGUGGUGGCCAGCGCUGCUGCGGUCACACUGGUGGUUACGCAAGUCGGUCCGUUAACCACCUAAACAAUAUAACCGGACAAAGCGCACGGGCAUUGAUGGCUCAAGAAAACUUAGCUAAUAGCCUUAGAACGGGGCUUUUAUUGGUCAAUCAGAGGGUUGAUGUUUUGCAAAAUAAAAUGAAUUUGAUGACUUCGGUUAUGGGGGAUCCUUGCUUGGUACAAUCUGUAGCAGUAUGUGUACUUCCUUUUCCUUAUAAAUAUUAUAUGUUUUUACUGAUAGUGUAUAUUUUGAGAUCAAUGAUAUAAGGCCGGUGCCGUGGCUCCAUAGGCUAAUUCUCCACCUUGUGGCACCGACACACCGGGUUCUAGUCCUGGUCAGGGCGCCAUAUUCUGUCUCGGUUGCCCCCCUUCCAGGUCAGCUCUCUGCUGUGGCCAGGGAGUGCAGUGGAGGAUGGCCCAAGUCCUUGGGCCCUGCACCCCAUGGGAGACCAGGAGAAGUACCUGGCUCCUGCCUUCGGAUCAGCGCGGUGCGCCGGCUUAACCAACGGCAAAAGGAAGACCUUUCUCUCUGUCUCUCUCACUGUCCACUCUGCCUUCCAAAAA